AUGACACCACGUACAAGAUCGGGCGGCGCAGCCCCUCCCGCCAGCAUCGUCUACAAAUCAACGCCAACGCUUAAACAAGUUCAAUUUCCUGCUCGAAGAAAGAGGCUCCGCACAUAUGGAAAACGAAAUCGGAGAAGCGGCGGUGGCGGCGGCGGCGUCGACGAUGACGACAACAAGGAAAACGAAGAGGGCAACAACACACGCCCGACGCCGCACCUAAAACAAAAGACGCUCACACAGUACGACUUUGCCUCGAGUUUCGCCGAAGACAGCGUGGUCGAGCUAUCUGACGCGAGCGAUGUCGAAAAUCUAGACAAGGGGAAACACAAGAACGAGGGGGAAAAGGAAAACAACCCUAUAACGAUCACGGAGCAGGAGGAUGAUGAAGAGGAGCUGGUUGUGCUGGACACGGAAGCUGAGCAAGACGAGGCCGAGGCCGAGGCCGAGGAAGAGGACGAGGACGAGGGACCCGUGGUGCGCGGGCGUCGCGCGGUCGGAUUCACCGACGCGGGCAAGAAGAAACGCCGACGGACGCUGGGCGAGGAGCACCGCAUGAGCACAAUGAAGGGGAGCACGUCGUCGCGGCGUAGGACGCUGGGCGACUCGCCCGCUGCCGGCCCGUCCAGGACCCGGUACCACACGCAGACCUUGACCCAGUGUAUCGGUCGCACGACGUCCUUUGUCGCCGACUCGGAUGACGAGGCGCUGGGCAGCACAGAAGACGACGGCUUCCUAGACUGGCUGGGUCAGCAGGAGGAGGGCGAGGAGCAGUCAGGGCCGCAAAGUCCGACCAUCGGUACGCAGGCGAGCAAACGGGCCGCCGCCGCCGCCGCCGCAGCUUCCCCCCAAGUGUGGGAAGACCGCACCCCGUCGCCGCGGGCCCGCAGCAGCAACAGUCAAAGACCCGCGCCGCAGACGACGAGCCAGGCGCCGCCCCGCGAGGAGUCUAUCGUGCCGCAGACGCCCGUGCGGAGCAUCCGCUUCGGCCUGCCGCCGUCUACGCAACCAAACGUGGCCUCGCCCUCCCCGACACGGCUCGCCGCCCUGUACGGCGCCAUCAGCCAGUACACGUCACCAUCAUCGCAACGGCGGCAGCACGAGAGCCCGGCGGCGGCGGCGAAGCCGCUGCUCGAACUGACGGGCAAGCCGAGAAGACGCAUCAGCCCGGCCAAGACGCAGCCGGAGCUCGUGAUUGCCGACUCGUACGCCACAGAGGGCUGGAGCUCGGUCGGCGGCACGCAGGCGCGUCGCGGCACGACGCCCUCGCAGACGCAAAAGACGGACGUCUUCAGCACGCCGGCGGAGGAGUCGGCACCACCGCCGCCUCCUGCGGCCGUAGCGUCUACGCAGGCGGCUGACAAGAUGCCAGAAACGGCCGAGGACACGGCGACAGCAGCGCAAAUUCUCCUGGAAACGCAGAGCCAGGACGGGCAGAUCGAGGAGCAGUUUUACGGCGCGCUCUCCCAGGCCGUGCAGGACAGCGCCGCGGUGAGCCAGCAGCCGCCGCUGCCGCUAUCGCCGGCGACGCCUAGACAGGCGGCGGCGCCAUCACAGCCAUCACCUGUAGAGGAAGCGAUCGUCAUCUCUGAUACCGAAGAGCGAGAAAUCCCAGACUCGGACGACGAGGAAGAGGACUUUGGCGCGGAGAGCGACGACACUAGCGACCACAAUAGCGACGACAGCGACGAGGCCGAAGAGUCUAGGUUCGCCGCAGGUGCCGAGACGCAGCUGCUCAUGGACCAGCUGCAGUCAAGCUCACCACGCACCGUCCUCAUCCGUCGCGUCCCCCCAUCCGCCUCGCACUUCGAGUCCCGCGCCGGCGCCCUCACCCGGAUCCGCCGUGACGCCGCACCGGGCACCGUCGCCAACGACAUUCCCCUCACGCCACUGCCCUCCACGCCGCUCCGCACACCCCUCCACCACCCGCACCCCAUCGACACGCAGGGCGUCCCAUUCGAGUCGCAGCGCGUCGCCGUCGCCACCCUGCAGAACUUCCCGCCCGCCUCGGCGCGCACCGACAUCCUCCUGCCCGUGUCCGCCGGCACGCUCGCGCCGCUGAUCGCCGGCCGGCAAGACGUGCUCGUCCUCCCGUUUAAAGUGCCCGUGCAGGUGGCGCGUUUCUGGCUGCUCGGAGAGGGUGGCAUCCUGCGGUACCUCGCCUGCAUCGACGGACACGAGCACGAUCCAGAGCGGGACAAUGGCCGCGGCGGCCGCGGGACCUGGAGCUACCGCGCCGCGCAGGUGUACGAGCUCAACAACCCCGCGUGCGAAGACGACAUGCGCGCCGAGGACUGGAUCCACGGUCGCGUCACCCGCUACGUCUACUUUCCGCCCGCCGUCGUGAGUCAGCUGCUCUGGAACCUGCGCCACCCACUAUUUGCCGAUCUCAAAGACGACGUCGACGACGAUGACGGUGCGGCGAUGGUGACGACCCCGGCCGCCGCUACCGCGCUCUCCUCGUCAUCGCCGCUCCGCCGCUCCGCGAGGCUGUUGUCCACGCCCGCGCGUCUGCGCAGUCCGCCACGAAACUCCCCCUCCCCUCUGCGGCGCGCGCAUCAACGGCCGCCUCCGUCCACGAUGCCCGCGCCGCCGCGCCCGCCACGCGCCGGCAGCGCUCGCAAGCACCACACGCAGCAGCCGUUUGUGCGGCCCUCGCAGGCCACGACCGUUUCGCAGGCGUCGACUGUGGCACCGCCUUCGCAAGCGGCCGCCGGUGCUUCUCCGAUCCCCCGCAGCGCAGGCGACGAGUCGUCGGAGAGCCUCGUGUUUGACGACCACGGCGGCUCCUCGAUUUCCAUGCCGUACAGCGGCGUCUCGGGGCUUGAUCACCUCGCCGCCUCGCAGCUCCUGACGGGGAGCCAGAUCUUGCCCGAGAGCCUCGUCCGGGACGAGGAGGAGCAGGAGCACAUGCCGGAGGUGAUAUUCGACUCGGAAGAGGACUAG